AUGGCCGGGGCGGCGGCGGGCGGCGGGGAGCGGCGGGAGGCGGCGGCGUUGACGGCGUGCCGCCGCCGCCUGCAGAACUGCCUCUACAACGUGCUGGAGCGGCCCCGCGGGUGGGCCUUCGUCUACCACGUCUUCAUAUUCCUCCUCGUCUUCAGCUGCCUGGUGCUGUCGGUCUUCUCCACCAUCCAGGAGCACCAGAAAUUGGCCAACCAGUGCCUCUUCAUCCUGGAGUUCGUCAUGAUCGUGGUGUUCGGCAUGGAGUACAUCAUCCGCGUCUGGGCGGCCGGCUGCUGCUGCCGCUACCGGGGCUGGAGGGGACGCUUCCGCUUUGCCAGGAAACCCUUCUGCGUUAUAGAUUUCAUCGUCUUCAUCGCCUCGGUGGCAGUCAUCGCCGCUGGCACCCAGGGCAACAUCUUUGCCACCUCGGCGCUGCGCAGCAUGCGCUUCCUGCAGAUCCUGCGCAUGGUGCGCAUGGACCGUCGCGGCGGCACCUGGAAGCUGCUGGGCUCUGUCGUCUAUGCCCACAGCAAGGAGCUCAUCACCGCCUGGUACAUUGGCUUCCUGGUGCUCAUCUUCGCCUCCUUCCUCGUCUACCUGGCUGAGAAGGAUGCCAACGCCCAGUUCGCCACCUACGCCGACUCCCUAUGGUGGGGCACGGUCACCCUCACCACCAUCGGCUACGGGGACAAGACACCGCAGACGUGGCUGGGACGGAUGCUGGCGGCCGGCUUCGCCCUGCUCGGCAUCUCCUUCUUCGCGCUGCCCGCCGGGAUCCUGGGCUCCGGCUUCGCCCUCAAAGUGCAGGAGCAGCAUCGGCAGAAGCACUUUGAGAAGAGGCGGACUCCGGCAGCGAACCUGAUCCAGGCUGCCUGGCGCCUGUACUCAACGGACAUCAGCCGGGCGUACCUGACAGCCACGUGGUGUUACUACGACAGCCUCCUGCCCUCCUUCAGGUAG